AUGGAGCUCAGCAAGAUCGUUGUGACUAAACAUCCCGAUGAGAGGGAGCUGUACAAGAAGGAGAUGCCAAGAGCUCAGGACCUGCUGUGGAGAAGUGGAAACUGGAUCCUCCAUGGUUUUGGUUAUCUCACAGGAGAAAUGAAAGAAUAUGGAGAGUGGAUGAAAAACAAACCCUUAAUGGUUCAGCUGGUGGACUGGAUCUUGCGAGGGACCUCUCAGGUGAUGUUUGUCAACAAUCCUCUCAGUGGACUGAUCAUCUUAGUGGGGCUUUUCAUCCAGAGCCCCUGGUGGAUGCUCACAGGCUGCACUGGAACCACUGUGUCCACAUUAACUGCGCUGGCCCUCAGUCAGGACAGGCCGUCCAUCGCAGCUGGGCUGCACGGCUACAACGGGAUCCUGGUGGGCCUGCUCAUGGCUGUCUACUCUGACAAAGGGGAUUACUACUGGUGGCUUCUCCCCCCUGUGGCAGUGAUAUCCAUGGCCUGUCCAGUCCUGUCCAGUGCUUUGGGAUCCAUCUUCAGCAAAUGGGACCUUCCUGUUUUCACUCUGCCCUUCAACAUUGUGGUCACCCUGUACCUGGCAGCCACAGGACACUACAACCCCUUCUUCCCCACAACCCUCAUCAAGCCCAUAGCUGCAGUGCCCAAUAUCACCUGGUCUGACAUCAAUGUGCCUCUGCUCUUACAGUCCAUCCCAGUUGGUAUUGGUCAGGUGUAUGGUUGUGGGAACCCCUGGACUGGCGGCAUUUUCCUUGUGGCUCUGCUCAUCUCCUCCCCACUGAUUUGUCUCCAUGCUGCAAUUGGAUCAGCUGUGGGGAUGUUUGCAGCCCUGAGCACUGCAUCCCCAUUUGACAGCAUCUACCUUGGCUUACACAACUACAACUGUGCCCUGGCCUGCAUCGCCAUCGGGGGCAUGUUCUACGCCCUGACCUGGCAGACACAUUUGCUGUCACUUGCCUGUGCAUUAUUUUGUGGCUACUCCGGAGCAGCUCUUGCUAAUGCCCUCUCUGUGCUCGGGCUGCCGGUGUGCACCUGGCCCUUCUGCCUCUCCGCGCUCCUCUUCCUGCUGAUAACCUCAGAAAACCCAGCCAUCUACAAAAUGCCCCUCUGCAAAGUCACACACCCAGAAGCCAACCGGGUCUACUACCUGAGGAUGAAGAGAAGGGCCUCGGAGAGCAGGAGGGAGGAGCAGAAGCGAAAGGAGCAGAAACCCUCUGACAGCUCAAAAAUGAGCCCUGGGGGCACCCCACUGUGCACCCCCAAGAGCUGCCACGCUCACUGAUUUCAGGCACACACAGCUCUGCA